CACACACACACACACACACAUACACACACACACACACACACACAUACACACAGAUCCGAGUGGGGGGAGCGGCAGCGCGAGACAGCGCGAGCCUCUGAGAAAGCGCGAGACACGCCGGCGCGUGCAGCUCUGCCGCGGCCACUGCGCCCGACUCUAGCCUCGCGCCACCCGCGUCCGAGAGCGCCGGUCCGGGCGAUUUAUGCAGUGGCCGUGUCAACCGGCUGCCACUUCCUCCGGCCCCCCCCAAGGGUGCCCCCCUUCUUGCGGUUGCUACUGCCGGGACUCGUGCGUGGGUGUGUUGUUUAGGGGGCUUUUGCCUCAGCGCCGCGGGUGCCACCUCCCGGGACGCUGCCCUCAGCGCUCCCGGUCGCGAUCAAACAAAUAAUAGAAGUCAGUUGAAGCUUUGUCCUGACCUAUUCUGGAAGUAGAAGAAUACCCUGGAGAAAGGAGUGUUAUAAGCACAAAGGAUAAAACUCCUCAAUCUUGUGGGAGAGCAUUAAAAUUUAACCCUCCAAAUGUGAAAUAAGAGAGAGUGAGGGAAAGAUCACACACGGAAGCUUCCUCAAAUGUAAGAGGACUCUCACUUGAACCUGGGUCACACUCAUUGCAGACCAGGCACACUAUAAAGGACUACUCUUGUGUGAUGGUGGGAUUGGAUUUACCUAGGACUGCAUAUCAAGGUUGACUCAAGAAAGUCUUUAGGAAGAUCUAGAAGAAAUAGGUAUUAAGUCAUGAUGCAGGAAUCUGCGACAGAGACAAUAAGCAACAGUUCAAUGAAUCAAAAUGGAAUGAGCACUCUAAGCAGCCAAUUAGAUGCUGGCAGCAGAGAUGGAAGAUCAAGUGGUGACACCAGCUCUGAAGUAAGCACAGUAGAACUGCUGCAUCUGCAACAACAGCAGGCUCUCCAAGCAGCAAGACAACUUCUCUUACAGCAGCAAACAAGUGGAUUGAAGUCGCCUAAGAACAGUGAGAAACAGAGACCACUACAGGAAUUGCUUCCAGAAACAAAAUUAUGUGUCUGUGGCCACUCUUCUGGUGAUGGGCAUCCUCACAACACAUUUGCAGUGCCUGUGUCGGUGGCCAUGAUGACUCCCCAGGUGAUCACCCCUCAGCAAAUGCAGCAAAUCCUUCAGCAGCAAGUCCUAUCUCCUCAGCAGCUCCAAGCCCUUCUCCAGCAGCAACAGGCAGUUAUGCUGCAGCAGCAACAACUACAAGAGUUUUACAAGAAACAGCAAGAGCAGUUACAUCUUCAGCUUUUGCAGCAGCAGCAACAGCAGCAGCAGCAACAGCAGCAGCAGCAGCAGCAGCAACAGCAGCAACAACAGCAGCAACAACAGCAACAGCAGCAGCAGCAGCAGCAUCCUGGGAAACAAGCAAAAGAGCAGCAACAGCAGCAGCAACAGCAGCAGUUGGCAGCCCAGCAGCUUGUCUUCCAGCAGCAGCUUCUCCAGAUGCAACAACUCCAGCAGCAGCAGCAUCUGCUCAGUCUUCAGCGUCAGGGACUCAUCUCCAUUCCACCUGGCCAGGCAACACUUCCUGUCCAAUCAUUGCCUCAAGCUGGCUUAAGUCCUGCUGAGAUUCAGCAGUUAUGGAAAGAAGUGACUGGAGUUCACAGUAUGGAAGACAAUGGUGUUAAACAUGGAGGGCUAGACCUCACUACUAACAAUUCCUCCUCGACUACCUCCUCCACCACUUCCAAAGCAUCACCACCAAUAACCCAUCAUUCCAUAGUGAAUGGACAGUCUUCAGUUCUAAAUUCAAGGCGAGACAGCUCGUCACAUGAGGAGACUGGGGCCUCUCACACUCUCUACGGCCAUGGAGUUUGCAAAUGGCCAGGCUGUGAAAGCAUUUGUGAAGAUUUUGGACAGUUUUUAAAGCACCUUAACAACGAACAUGCAUUGGACGACCGCAGCACUGCCCAGUGUCGUGUGCAAAUGCAGGUGGUACAACAAUUAGAAAUACAGCUUUCUAAAGAACGAGAACGUCUUCAAGCAAUGAUGACCCACUUGCACAUGCGACCCUCAGAGCCCAAACCAUCUCCCAAACCUCUAAAUCUGGUGUCUAGUGUCACCAUGUCGAAGAACAUGUUGGAGACAUCCCCACAGAGCUUACCUCAAACCCCUACCACACCAACGGCCCCAGUCACCCCGAUUACCCAGGGACCCUCAGUAAUCACUCCAGCCAGUGUGCCCAAUGUGGGAGCCAUACGAAGGCGACAUUCAGACAAAUACAACAUUCCCAUGUCAUCAGAGAUUGCCCCAAACUACGAAUUUUAUAAAAAUGCAGAUGUCAGACCUCCAUUUACUUAUGCAACUCUCAUAAGGCAGGCGAUCAUGGAGUCAUCUGACAGGCAGUUAACACUUAAUGAAAUUUACAGCUGGUUUACAAGGACAUUUGCUUACUUCAGGCGUAAUGCUGCAACUUGGAAGAAUGCAGUACGUCAUAAUCUUAGCCUGCACAAGUGUUUUGUUAGAGUAGAAAAUGUUAAAGGAGCAGUGUGGACUGUGGAUGAAGUAGAAUACCAGAAGCGGAGGUCACAAAAGAUAACAGGAAGCCCAACAUUAGUGAAAAAUAUACCUACCAGUUUAGGCUAUGGAGCAGCUCUUAAUGCCAGUUUGCAGGCUGCCUUGGCAGAGAGCAGUUUACCUUUGCUAAGUAAUCCCGGACUAAUCAACAAUGCAUCUAGUGGCCUCCUGCAAGCAGUCCAUGAAGACCUCAAUGGUUCCCUGGAUCACAUCGAUAGCAAUGGGAACAGCAGUCCAGGCUGCUCACCACAGCCACACAUACACUCAAUUCACGUCAAGGAGGAGCCAGUGAUUGCAGAAGAUGAAGAUUGUCCAAUGUCUUUAGUGACCACAGCUAAUCACAGUCCAGAAUUAGAAGAUGACAGAGAGAUUGAAGAAGAGCCUUUAUCUGAAGAUCUGGAAUGAGAACUGACUUGUGAAACCUCAACAUGAAGGGACAUAUCACUGACCUUCAUAACCACUCCACGACCAUGAAUAUUUGACACAUUUUUACUGUGACUAUUUAUUACGCAUGGAUAAAGGAGACAGCCCUAAAGGAACUUAUUAAGCCAGCCCUUUGGGAUUCAGUACCAACAGGCAAAUUGCUUGUUUCUUCUCACUCUCUUUAUCUCUCUCUCCCCAUAUUCUCUCUCUUUCUUUCUCUCUCUCCCUAUUUUUUUUUUUUUAGAAAAAAAGACAAAAACUGAUUUUCUUGAAAACAAACAAAAAAUAGAACUGUUCUUUCUAUAAUGGUUUUGUCCAUUUAAAAAAAAUGUGGCUCUUAAGGGUUCAUGAAAUGACUGAAUAUGAGGAUACAUGUCCUGUAGAAAGCAAACACGCCUCAUAUACUGCCAAAAAUAGUGUUAGUUUCAUUAAUGUGAAUUUUCCAGCAUUCAGUAGUUGUAAUGUUAGAAACAAUCGCUGGUCAAGUUCAACUUGUUACUAUUGUUUUUAAUUUGCACAGGAGUAGUAUCAGAAAUUAGUGUCACUGCUUGUACCUAGCUGAACAACAGAACAUUAGUUUUUUAUGUUGGUGCCACCAACUGUAAAUGACAUAAGUUAGUUAUUACAAGACACAGUAAUUAGACUGUUGCAACCAUCUAAAACCUUAGGCUUCCAGUCUGUGCUGUUAGUGUUAAGAUGUAAAGUGCAAUCCUAAACUAACAUUAUCUGUGCGAGCACCAUAGAAACAUUUGCAUAUCUGCAUAGAUCUUACAACUGUACUCGUUACCUCCUUGUGAUAAAGCUUUGUCUACCUUCAAACACAGUCAAAGGCUACAGCUGCAAACCAAAGCCAACUCUAACCAUGGCCAAGAGCUCAAGGACAGAAGCAGCCACAUGCUUUGGUCAGCCUUCUGUAACUUCAAUUAGUACAAAGGAACCUUUUUCAUGAACUACCUGCUGUUUUCUGAUGACCUCUGGGAUCUUUUUCAUUUAGCCCUAAACAAAGAAUCAAAUAUGACAAAAGACAAAAACCAAACCAAUCCACAACUAAAAAAAAAAAAAAAAGCUAAAUCAUAAACAGAGUAAUCUUCUAAGGCCAAAAGUCCAUCAAAACUCAAUGAAGAUUUGCUUUCAUUAAAGACAGAGGUGAGGACAAAAUCUGCAGUGGAAGUUAUGAUAUGCUAGAAAGCAACAAAUGUGGAUCACUGACCAAAACAAUUGUGUACUUGAUGCAAAUGCAGAUUGCAUAUUGUUAUAUAUAUAUAGUGCAUUGUGUUUUUGUUUUCCCCAUCCAGUCACUUAUUUUCAGUGGUGAAUACAUGUUGUUAGAAAAUGUCUUGUAUGGUCUUAAUAUUUGUUGUGUACUAUUUUUUAUAGUCUUAAGUUAUAAUGAAAAAAAAAAGUAGGAACCAAACAUAAAAGGUCUAGUAAAGCCAAAAAUUAAUUUCAUAUUGAUUUUAAAGUGAUCUAGCUGAGUUUUUACACUGAAAGCAAAGAUUAUAGCAAUUGUAGUCCAUGGUAUUUAUUUUCAGUCAAACCAAAGUUACAUAUAAUUCUGCCUCUGCUUAUACGGGAUAUUAACACUAACAAUACACUCCCUUUCAAAGACUUGCACAGGCCAAAUUGUUGGAAUGCUGGUUUCUUGACAACUCCAAACCCCAAACUAUGAUAAUAAGUUAUGGUGUAGUUGAAAAUAGCAUAGUCAGAUGUUUGCUUAAAACCUAGAAACUUUAUGUGUUGCUUUUCAUGUGCUGUGCCAAGUCUUGAUAAUAAUUUUUCCCCCAACCAAGGGACCUCAUAACCUGAUUAUGGUUAUUGCUUUACAAACAGUUUUGACAGAAGGUGGCUGCUAGAGCUUAACAUAUGUACCAGUUCCAUAUGAUGGACCUGGUUCUUGCAAACUAAGCUCAUCAUUUAUUCUUUGCUGAAGUCAGCAAAUAGAGUUAGAAAGAUACCCAGUCAUCUGUCACACCAAAUAAAAGGACAUAACGGCUUUCAAAAGGGUUUUCCCACUUACCCAAAAGGCUUUCUGAAAGCUUCUACCUCUGCAAA